GACAAUAAUAAGAGUUGACAAAUUAGUGAUUACAAUUUGUAGUGUUUAGCGGCAUUUAUUUUUAUUUUUUAAAAUAAAACCAAUACAAAAAGUAAUAAAUAUUAUUGCCUUACUCGGAACUCGGAAGUGAAUUCAUAAAAAAUGAGUCGAAAGGAGGCACUUUCUUCCUUCAUACAACAAAUCCACGGUCGCCCAGUUGUCGUGAAACUGAACAGCGGCGUCGACUACAGAGGAGUUCUGGCUUGCCUUGAUGGGUAUAUGAACAUAGCAUUAGAACAAACUGAAGAGUAUGUUAAUGGCCAGCUCAAAAACAAAUACGGAGAUGCCUUCAUAAGAGGAAACAAUGUACUUUACAUAAGUACACAGAAAAGAAGGAUAUAGUUUUUUUUUAUUAUAGAAUAAGUUUGUUUAAAAAGGCUGAACUUUUUAACUAAGAAAUAUAAUGUACACCAUAAAAAUUGUUUAUUUAAGUUAAAUAAAUAAAAAUCUACAAUGAAAAAUAAAACUAAAUAAAUAUGAAUAUUUAAUUAGUGUUUUAUUAGUAUUAACUCACUAUAAGUACACAAUUCAUGAAAGCUUUAUAAUUAGUGAUGUCCUCUUUUGUUAGCCCCAUCAUAUGUGUAGUAAACCUGUAUAUCUCCAUAAUCCUAAAACAUGAAAUAAGGAUUUAUAUUAACAAAACUAAAGUUUUUUUUUUAACAUUUAAAACAUCAUUCUGUAACGGGUUUAUUUAUAAAUUUUUAUAUAACAUUUUUAUCAUUAAUUAGCAAUAAAUAUUCUGAAA